CACCGCUGAGGGAUGACGCAACGUUUCCGUAAAUAGCUACGUAGCAAACUCGCACCGGAAGAGAUGACGCAGUCCAUAGUCAUUCAAGUUGGUCAGUGCGGCAACCAGAUUGGCUGCAGAUUCUGGGACUUGGCACUUCGAGAGCAUGCUCAAUAUAGCAAGGCUGGGGCUUACGAUGAACCACUCAGCAGUUUCUUCAGAAACACGGACACCAGACAUGGGGUGCAAAGAGAUAUUCCACUUGGUGAAGGCAAGGGAAGGAUAGGAAUGCUAAAAGCAAGAGCAGUGUUAGUUGACAUGGAGGAAGGAGUAGUGAGUGAGCUGUUGAGUGAGCCUCUGGGAGAGGUUUUUGACAACCGUAUGCUCCUAACUGACGUCUCGGGCUCUGGAAAUAACUGGGCCGUGGGUAAUAAGAUGUAUGGAACAAAGUACCACGAAAACAUCGUGGAAACUCUGCGAAAAUCUGCUGAGCUGUGCGACUGUCUUCAGUCUUUCUUCAUCCUGCACUCAAUGGGUGGAGGGACUGGGUCCGGAGUUGGUACAAAAAUCCUCGAGGUUUUGAAAGACGAAUUCCCUGAAGUUUACAGAUUUGUAGUCGCCGUGUUUCCUUCAGCGGAUGAUGAUGUCAUAACCUCACCAUAUAACAGGUUGAUGAAGAGAGCGUUUACAGAAGAAAAAAUGUUCAAAUGUUCAUUGUCUUUGAUAAGUGUUUUAGCUCUACAUGAGUUGACAGAAAAGGCAGACUGUGUACUACCAAUUGAUAACCAGGUUAUUGUUCAUGAAUAUUCACUGUUCAUGAAACAAAACUUGGCUGCUUCGUUAAAACUCUGUACUGAAAUGCUUAUUUUCCUCUGUUUCUUCUCAAGUCUCUGAUAGACAUAUGCCAGAAGGUGAGCAGGGCGUGUCACAGCAAGGUUGGAGGCGGGGCCAGGCGUGGCAGUACGGUUGUCGCAGGAGACGGGGGCGUGGCAGGGUCAAAGGAGAAACCGUUUGACGCCAUGAACAACAUUGUGGCCAACCUUCUCCUCAAUCUCACCAGUCCCUCCAGGUUCGAAGGAUCCCUGAACGUGGAUCUAAAUGAAAUCACCAUGAACCUGGUCCCAUUCCCGAGACUCCAUUACCUGGUUCCAGCCAUCUCUCCUCUCUUCACCUCCCAGGACAUUGGACUCCCUCUUCACAUGUUAAACCAGUCCUUCUCGGAUGUGUUUUCGAGGGACUACCAGUUGAUCAAGGCCGACCCCAAGCACAGUCUGUACUUGGCUUGUGCCCUGAUUCUGAGGGGGAAAGUGAACAUGUCUGAUAUCCGAAGAAACAUUGAAAGGCUGCAGCCUUCUCUUAGGUUUGUACACUGGAACCAACAGGGUUGGAAAACUGGUCACUGUUCCGUCCCGCCUAUCGGACAGGCCUACUCUGUUCUAAGCCUAGCCAACAACACCUGUUUCAGACAUACUCUAUCCGACAUCAGCGAACGCUUCAACAAGCUAUUCCGGAGAAAGGCUCAUCUACAUCACUACACUGCGGUGGACGGAAUGGAACUGGACCAGUUGACACAGAGUAUGGAGUCACUGAAUUCUCUAGUAUGUAAGUAUGAAUCACUAGAGACCACUAUGGGUGUACCUACUGUACACAGACCAAGAUUCAGGCUAGCCUAACACGUAUUCUCUCUUUCUCUCUGGAUUUUGCCAUUUUGUCAAA